AUGGGCUCCCUGUUUAGCAGUGUCUGGUCGCUGUUCAAUCCGUCUCGCCACUACAAACUGCUGAUCCUAGGCCUCAGUAAUGCCGGUAAAACGUCCAUUCUGUACCACCUGCAGCUUGGGCACGUCAUCACGACCCAGCCGACACUUGGCGGCAACGCGGAGACGCUGAACGUCAGCCAUGGCUCGAGCAACAACGCCGUUCAAAUCACCUGCUGGGACCUCGGCGGCCAGGCGCAACUGCGUGACUCCUGGUCUCUCUACUAUGACCACACAGAUGCCGUCAUAUUUGUGGUGGACGCCGCUGACGCUGCCCGCUUCCCUACCGCGCGAAAUGUGUUGCAGGGACUCCUGAACGAGGAGCCACGCCUUCGACGGGCAGUGCUGCUGGUGCUGGCGAACAAGCAGGAUGUGCCGGGGGCGGUGAGCCCCGUGGAGCUUAUUGAGGCACUGGAUUUGGCGGCGGUCCAGGACCGCACGUGGACCUUGAUGGGCUGCAGCGCGGCGACUGGUGAGUCUCUGAGGGAGGCGAUGGCGUGGGUGGCGCAGAAGGUGGCGGACGCCGCAUCCAACACAGAGUGA